ACUUUUUUCACUCUUUUCCAAACCCCUUUUCUCUCACCUUCUCCUUCCCUCUUCACUUUCUCGCUUCAAUUUCUCCACUUUCUCACUUCCAAGUUGAAGCUGUAGAAAACAAAACAACUUUCAUUGCAAAAUAUGGGUGCUUCGGACAACAACAACCACUUUCUUCAAGUUGUCUUCAAUAACUUCGACGUUCUUGCUCUACCCUUGGUUACGCUUGCUUACCCUUUAUAUGCUUCAAUUAAGGCGAUCGAGACCAAGUCUGCUGCAGAUGAUCAGCAAUGGCUCACAUAUUGGAUUCUGUAUUCCAUUCUAACACUCUUUGAGCUCACAUUUGCAAAAGUUCUUGAAGUGCUUCCCAUUUGGCCCUUUGCCAAGUUGAUAUUCAGUUGUUGGUUGGUUCUGCCUCACUUCAAUGGGGCUGCAGUUGUUUACAGGAAUUACAUCAGACCAUUCUAUAUGAAUCCACAAAUCCCAAUUCCACAAGGCUCACAAAUGUGGUAUUUUCCCCAAAAGAAAUCCUUAUUCAGUGAGUCAGAUGAUGUUUUAAGUGCUGCUGAGAGAUACAUGGAAGAGCAUGGUACAGAAGCCUUUGAAAGACUUAUAAACAAGAAUUUCGAACACUCCAGACAUAUUUGCACUUUAGUGGGGGGAGAUUUGGCUGCUUGGUAUUUAUUGUAGAAAUUUGCUACAUAAUUCUAUCUUAGUUUUCAACAUUCAAUGAAUCAUUUGAGCUAGACAAGCUGGAAUUAUAAGCUGAAAUUUCAUUUACAAGUUGAGGUACAAUUGUUUUAGACUUCUUGUGAUUCCCUUGUAGUAAAUUUAAACUUGUGAUUUUACGCACCGGGUUUCAC